CGGUCACCGUACAUAACAAAACUGGCACCGCUCUUGGUUAUUUUAUUUCGAGGGCCGCUCCCGGUUUGAUACCAGUAGUUGUUAAAACAACAAAGCUAUUCCCUAAAAAAAAAAUUAAUCGAAAUCAUACUAGUAGAAAGGAAGAUGUUGUUCACCAUCACAAUUCACCCCCAUCUCUGAGUUCUUUUGAUGCGAGUUCGAAUUCCUUGACUCCCACUACAAGACGUGGUUCCAGAUCUUUAAAUGCGGUGGAUUUAGAAAGUGGUAAAGGUCACAUCGAUCAUCAAAGGCGUCCCUCUGAACCUACCCCUCUACGAUUAAAUAAUAUCAUGAUCGAUGAUGAUGGUAAUUUCAAACCUAUACAACCUCGGGGUGUGCCUGCGAUCAAUGUUCACGAUUUCGAUGAUGUC